AACAGCCUUACAGCUUCUGGUGACAAAUAGAAAAGGGAUCCUCAUCCUCGGAUAGCAGGCGAUGCCCACAAGAAGACAAAUGGAGGAUAUUAGUCCAGGGAGUGCAGUAUUGAUUUGAUGGAGGUUAACCGUUUGGACUUCUACAUUGGUCUGUCUUUGGCUGUGAGCUCGAGUGCCUUUAUCGGUGCAAGUUUCAUCUUGAAGAAGAAAGGCUUGCUGCGAUUGGCCAGCAAGGGUUCAAUGCGAGCGGGUCAAGGGGGACAUGCUUACUUGAAGGAAUGGCUGUGGUGGGCAGGACUCAUUUCAAUGGGAACUGGAGAGGCCGCCAACUUUGCUGCAUAUGCAUUUGCACCGGCCACACUGGUGACUCCUCUUGGAGCAUUGAGUGUACUUGUAAGUGCUGUGCUUUCCACUUACUUUCUGAAUGAGAGGCUGAAUGUGCAUGGAAAGAUUGGUUGUUUACUGUGCAUCUUGGGCUCCACGGUGAUGGUGAUCCAUGCCCCACAAGAAGAAGAGGUUGCCUCCCUCAGUGCCAUGGCUGAGAAACUCCGAGACCCAGGUUUCAUUGUGUUUGCUGUGUGCGUUGUUGGAAGCAGCCUGGUUCUUGUCUUUGCUGUGGCUCCGCGCUUUGGACAGAAGAAUGUGAUGGUCUACAUCCUGAUCUGCUCUGUGAUUGGCUCCAUGUCUGUGUCUUGUGUCAAGGGCCUGGGCAUUGGCAUUAAGGAGCUGUUUGCUGGGACAGCAGUCCUGAAGGAACCCCUGUUCUGGUCCUUGGUCAUAUGCCUGGUAAUCUGCAUCAGUGUUCAAAUCAAUUACCUGAACAAAGCCCUCGACAUCUUCAACACCUCCAUAGUCACUCCCAUCUACUAUGUCUUCUUCACCACAUCGGUCAUGGCCUGCUCAGCCAUUCUCUUCAAGGAAUGGUUGCGGAUGAAUGCUGACGGAAUAGUGGGAACAAUUAGUGGGUUCCUCACCAUCAUUUUAGGGAUCUUCCUCCUCCAUGCUUUCAAGGACAUUACAUUUAGCUAUGAUUCCCUCCCACUCUACCUGCGGAAGGGUUCUAGGGGCCUUUAUUGGGGGCAACAGCCUUAUGUGGCUCUUCCCAACCAUGAAACACAAGCACAGGAUGAGCUUAAACUGCCCAGAGAAGGAAACUCAAAGGGGGGCUGGGGUACACACCAGAUAGCUCUUUAGGAGGAUAGUCUUGUCACUGAGAACAUUUGCUAAUUGCAAUUCUGAAGCUUUACUGUACAGCACAGCCUUACAAUGUGUGUACAAAGUUAGUUUAAAAAUCUGAAUUGAGUCUUAUACAAUGCAGUAUGCACUGGAUGAACCAUUGCUUAAAGUAAGCAUAAUAUUCAUUUCAUAUUAAAUUUACAUUUUAGUUGUAACAGGACAUCUUUAGUUUAAAAGAGCGUUUAAUCUGAAGUGUAAUUUAUCAUUGUGAUUGUAUUUGUACUGCUGUUUACAUUUUUCACAGUAUAUUAAAUCGAAAAAAUUAAGUAUAUUAGCCGGCAUAGGACAGAUAAUGCCUUCUGUUACUGAACACGAUAACCUUAUUUAUAGGUUUGCACUUUUAACUCCAGCAUAUAUUGUUCCAGUGUUAAGGCAAAAAAAUAUGCUUAAAUGCAUUUCAAUCACGUGGUUGAAGAACAAGUUGGAGUAACAAAGAUGUAUUGUGUGUGUGUGUAUACACAAACUGCACCAAAGAAUCUUCUGUGUGGAAUAAUUCCCAAAAUGUGCCUACUGUAACAUCGGAUGUAACUGCAAUUUUUUGUGUGUUUGAUGAAUAAAACUUGACUACACUUUUCCAAAAGAGACAGAAGUAUUUGGCAUGGUUUAUUGCAUAUGUACAGUCCAGAACCUCACGCCUCUUCUCUUCGGUUACGACAUUGGUUAGUACUCUUAAAUUACAGCCGAGUUUGUGGUGAAGUACUUGUGGCUGAACAGCUGGCUGAAGCUCAAUGUCCCAGAUGUGUCCAUCUUUUUGCAGUCUCCUAAACUUCAUCCACCAGUUACAGCAGUGGGUACUAACCUGUUCAAGCUCCGUUUGACAGUUUGACCAGUAGUUACUUGACAAACAAACAUGAGGUCAUUGCUAGUAACAGACCAAUUUAAGUGUUCUGCAACACUUAUGACACUUUGAUGGGCACCCUUAUCUUUUGCAUCCAUAAAUCAUGUUAAUUUGAGGCAC